AUGAGGGCAACACUGUCCCGCCUUUUACAAGCCACAAGAGUUCUCCAGCAUGAGAAUCCACUGGGACUCCCCAGAACUGGCACCAUUCCACGCUUUCAACGAGGUCUUCCUCAAAAGCGCAAGAUCAAAAAUGUAAACAAAGUCAUUGCCGUAUCUUCAGCCAAGGGUGGUGUGGGAAAAAGCACAAUAGCUGCAAACCUAGCCCUCUCCCUCUCCCGCCUCGGCUACACAACCGGCAUCCUCGACACCGACCUCUUCGGCCCCUCCAUCCCGACCCUCUUCAACCUGUCCUCCGAUAAAAACCCCCAUCUCUCCCCUUCCCUCAAUGCCAACGACCAACUCCUCCCCCUAACCUCCUACGGCGUCAAAACCAUGUCCAUCGGCUACCUUUUAGGGUCUGAAGACUCCGCCCUCGUCUGGCGCGGUCCCAUGCUCCUGAAAGCCAUCCAACAGUUGUUGCACGAAGUCGACUGGUCCCAUCCCUCGCUCGAUAUCCUCGUCCUAGAUCUUCCGCCGGGGACGGGUGAUACCCAGCUUAGUAUAGCGCAGCAGGUGGUGGUUGAUGGCGCCGUGAUUGUCACGACGCCGCAUACGCUGGCGAUUAAGGACGCGGUGAAGGGGGUGAAUAUGUUUCGGAAAGUGGAGAUUCCGAUUUUGGGGGUGGUGCAGAAUAUGAGCGUUUUUUGUUGUCCUGAGUGUGGGAAGGAGACGCAUGUGUUUGGCGGGACGGAGGGGGUGAGAAAGGUUUGUGGGGAGAUGGGCAUGGAGUUUUUGGGGGAUGUGCCGCUGCAUCCGGCUAUUGGGGAGGAUGGGGGCAGGGGGAAGCCGACGGUUGUUAGUGACCCGGGGGGAAGGGAGGCGGAGGUGUUUAUGGGGUUGGGGAGACGGGUGGCGGAGUUGGUUGGGUUGGAGAAGAUGCCCUUGGGGAGGGAGUGA